AUGUCAUUCCAACGAGCGAGUGUACAGAUAUUCGGGGGUCUGGUGUGGAUCCUGUUGGCAUCCACCCAUGUAAAGACAGAGAACACCACAGGGCUGUUUGUGUCUGUGUUCUGCUUCAUUAUGACCUUCCUCUGGCUCGUCAUCUUCGCCGCCAGAGGACACAAAAACAAGGGCGGAUGGGCGGCAGCGGACUUUGCAAUCCACGGACUGGCAGCCUUCUUUUACCUCACUGCAUCAGUAGCUCUGGCGAAGGUCACCAUUGAUUUUAAAGACAAUACAGACAACUUCAAAAACUACCAGAUAGACAUUGCUGCAGUGAUAGGUUCUAUAUAG